UUGCACAAAAACAUUUAUAGUAAUCUCACCCUCAAACUCACAUAGAAAUAAAGGAGGGAUGGAAAUUCUACAUCCUAGCCAUAAUCAUCCUCUAGCUUUCAUUGAAGAGCGGAGCCAUGAAAGUGAUGAGAAGGCUUAUUGCUAUGCGUGUGGGGAGGUGGUGUCGGGUCCUGCGUAUAGCUGCGCGGCAUGCGGGUUUCACCUUGACAAAAACUGUGCCGAAGCACCUUCACAGAUGAAUCACCCCUUUCACCGCAACCACAUCCUUGAUCGUCUAUCAAGCUGGCCAUAUGGUAAACUUUGGUUUAAUUGCGAUUUCUGCAACAAAAGGUGUGACAACUUUGGUUAUAGUUGUUCUGCUUGUGAUUUACGCCUCCACAUCAAGUGUGCUCUGUUUUCAUAUAACAUUGUUGAAAAAAAUAUUGGAGAGCUUCAACAUACUGAAAAUCAUUCUGCAAAACUCAAAUACGCCCAAUGCUUUGUAUGUUGGACACCAUUAUUAAAUUCUGUAUACUUUUCUCUUGAUCGUGGAUUUUUCCUGCAUAAAAAAUGUGUUGAGCUACCCUUUGAAAUCAAUCACCUUUGCCACCGCCAACAUUCUCUUUUUUUACAAUUUAAUAGUGAUGGUCUCCCUUGCAAGAUAUGUCAAGAAACCCAACGCAGGGGAUUUGUUUACUGUUGUUCAAUGUGCAAGGUUGCCCUUCACAUUGAAUGUGUGUCACCAUUGCCUAUUAUUGAAGACACUAGUCAUGAACACUCAUUCACUAAGUGUUUAAGACGAUUGUCAUUCAUUUGUGAUGCAUGUGGCACGUUAGGAAAUUAUGCUCCUUAUAUUUGCUCGACAUGUAGCCUUACAAUUCACAAGGAUUGCGCAGCAUUACCGCGCAUCAUCAAAAGCGUAUGGCAUCACCAUCCUAUUUCCCACUACUAUUUUGCAGUAGAAAAUGAGUGUGGAAUACUGGAAUGUGGAAUUUGUCACGAGGAGGUGAACAAAGAGUAUGGGAGUUACUAUUGUUCCGAGUGUAAGUUUAUUGUCCAUGUGAAAUGUGUCCAAGAGGAUACUGGUUUCUAUUACGAAAUUGAGUCAAUAGAUGAUUAUGAGAAGCUUAAUGAAAAUCCAACAGUGGUGGAUCCAACCUUUCGUGUCAUUAACGAGAUCGAACUUGGAGAAAAUGUGAUAAAUACAGAGAUAAAACAUUUCAGCCAUGAACACAAUUUAGUAUUAUAUGAUGAAGUAAAGGAUGAGAAAUGUUGUGACUGUUGCAGUGUACUCAUUGAGACCUCUUUUUAUCGUUGUUCAGAAUGUGAUUUUUAUCUCCACAAAUCAUGUGCUGAGUUACCCAAGAAGAAGCAAUUUUGGUUGUUCCCUCAGUUGUCCCUAAACCUUCUUUCAAAUUGCUUUUUCAAAUGUUCAUCUUGUAGUUCUCUGCACACUGGUUUUGCCUACAAAUGGGAGGAUUUAUCGUGCUGCCUUCAAUGUGUCGAAUUUCCUUUCUCCAGCAAAACAAGUCAAGGACACAAGGAGCACCAUCUCCUCUUUUACCUCAAGUAUAAUGGGCAGUGCAAUGCUUGUGGUGACAGUAUUUGUGAUGAAGCAGCAUACAGAUGCAAGGCUUGCAAUUUUAAUGUGCAUCCGGAAUGUACUCGGCUACCACAAAAAGUUCAACACAAAUCUGAUGAACAUCAUCUCACACUUACAUACCAUGAAGAUAAUGAUUAUGCAGAAUAUCAUUAUUGUGACAUUUGUGAAGAAAGAAGAAACCCCAACAUUUGGUUUUACUAUUGCGCACUUUGUGACGAGUCAGCUCAUCCCGAAUGUGUUCUUAGAGAUUACCCAUUUAUCAAGCUCGGGAGAAGGAUCUCUGUAGAAACCGAUCAUCCACACUCACUCAUUCUCGUGCAAAAAGUUUAUCUUUACCCUGAAUGUUCUAAAUGUGGUCAGCUCUGCUUAGAUCUGGCUCUUGAGUGUGCAGACACAAGAUGCAGCUUUAUUAUCCAUUGGAGAUGUAGCCACCUCAAAGACUUCAUUGAAGAUGAUAAUAUUGUUGAGCUGAUAGCCAUCAAAGGUUACUGAUGAUUUCUUUAGUGGGUUGUUUUAAACUAUUCAUCCUUCUUUAUGAUUUGAUAAUUUCCAAAAUGUUUGAAUAAAAUUACUCUGCAAUC